GUAAGUGAAGUAAUAUACCCCAAACAGCAUAUACUAUACAUGAAAGUGCAAUUUGUAUUUUUUUGUGUGUGUGAAAGAUUAAUAAUUAUUUAUGUUACAAAACUAGAAACAAACAAUGUAGGCACAGUUGUAAGAUCUGUGUUAAUUCUUUUGUGUGCUAUUUGUUUUUUAAAGAGGAAAUAGCUUUUGCCUUAACUAAAUCUGCCCCCUUGUGCCUCACAACACACACAGAAAUUCGGUAUUGCACAUCUUGGAAUGUCUUAAUGCUUACGCCAAGCCUUUACUUCAAAUGUUAACUAUGAAAUAGUUUUCCACCCAGCAGUAACCAGGGUAGCCCAUGUAAUUGUGUUGAGUCCUCAAGUAUACACUUGACUAAGACUAGUAUGAAAGUGAUUUGUUUUGAACCUAAAAGCUAUUGAUGGUUAAAUACUGGUGGGUUUUUAAUUGGUUAAACCUGUAGUUUAUCUCUGUGACCAGAGCCACUUACUGUUUUGUGGCAUUAAACUCCAUUUGUUCUAUUGCAGCACCUUUUGUCAUGAAUCCUUACUUGAAGAAUAAAAACAUACAUGCUGGGACUUUCUUUUUUCCCAGCGGUUCUUCAGUUCUUUGGGUUCCUGUUUCUUCCAGAAAGUCCUCGUUGGCUAAUCCAAAAAGGCAAGACACAAAAAGCUCGACGGGUUCUCAGUCGGAUCCGUGGCAAUCAAAACAUUGAUGAGGAGUAUGACAGCAUCAAAACCGGCAUUGAGGAUGAGGAGAAAGAGUCUGGAGGAGAUGGUCCAGUCAUCUGGAGGAUGCUGACCUAUCCUCCAACUCGGAGAGCUCUCAUCGUGGGCUGUGGAUUGCAGAUGUUUCAGCAGCUGUCUGGCGUCAACACAGUCAUGUACUACAGUGCUACCAUCCUGCAGAUGUCAGGGGUUAAAGAUGAUAAAAUGGCAAUCUGGCUAGCAGCAGUGACAGCCUUCACAAACUUCACUUUCACUCUGCUUGGUGUUUGGUUGGUGGAAAAAGUGGGCCGCAGAAAGCUGUCCCUUGGCAGUAUAGCAGGUACAGCUCUGAGCCUGUUUGUUCUGGCCGUUGGGUUUUUGGUGUCUGCCCAACGCUCUCCACCCAUCACCCUCCAUCCAGCAGACCCCUCAACUCUCAAUAACACCUGUACAAUAUAUGGAUUCUGCAAUGACUGUAUGCUGAAUCCAAACUGUGGGUUCUGUUACCGGCUGAAUGGUUCCUCUGUAGUUGACUCUUCCUGUGAUCAAGUCAAUAAGGCAUCUACAGGAGAAGCCGCCUGGGGCAGGUGUUCAAAUCAAACAGCUAUGGCAGAUGGAACAUUUUGGGCUUACAAUUACUGUCCCACUUCCUACUCCUGGACUGUACUUGUGGGUCUUAUUAUGUACCUUAUAUUUUUUGCACCAGGAAUGGGAACUAUGCCUUGGACAAUUAAUUCUGAGAUAUACCCACUUUGGGCCAGAAGUACAGGGAAUGCCUGUUCAGCAGGCGUGAACUGGGUGUUCAAUGUUCUGGUUUCGCUGACAUUCCUCCAUGUGACCGAAUACCUGACCUAUUAUGGUGCUUUCUUCCUUUACUCAGGACUUGCAGCCAUGGGGUUCCUUUUCAUCUAUGGAUGCCUUCCAGAGACGAAAGGAAAGAAACUGGAGGAAAUUGAAUCAUUAUUUGAAAAUCAGCUUUGUACAUGUGGUGUUUCAGAUUCUGAUGAAGGGAGACACGUGGAAUAUAUUCGGGUGAAAGGAAGCAAUUACCAUCUUUCUGACAACGAUGCCUCUGAUGUAGAAUAAUUUAUGCUGCAGCUUAGUCAUUUAGUAAUUUAAUGGCCUUCUGGGGAUGAGCAGUUACUGGUGACCUCUGUACCCUGCUUCUGGUCUGUUUCUGAAUUGUGUUAUCUUCAUUAAUAUUCUGGUUUGCUCUUGUAUUUGAUGGAAAAAUAUGUUCAUUAAAUCAUUCAACCUAUUCUUCAGCUAAGAAACACAAAUGAUUUAUAUCCUCAAUUACUGUUAACGGAACAUUCUCUUGUGCAAUCAUUAAACAUUACAAAUAAUAUCUGGAAAUUAAUAGCGGUCCUUGUUUUUAAUUCCUUCAUCCUCUUACAAUUUUCAAACAACGAGAAAAUAUGGAUGUGGAACUAGAAAUACUGCAGUUUCAGAAAAAUGUGAUCAUGAAAGUUCUAAUACCUGCCAUACUUUAUACAUUUUCAUAUUUGCAGUUGUAAUAUUUUUUAAAAUGGCACCUUACCAAAAGGAUAUGAAACACAAGGAAAGUUAUUCUAUAGGCCAGAAGCAGACUUUUUCUACAGAACACAUUUCUGUUUAAACGUUUUUUUUAAAUUGCAGAUAAAACAUUUACAGUUUACAGUUGUUGCAUAUGAAAUUGCAUACUAACACUAACUUUUUUUAAGCAAAAGGGUAGUUAUAUGGUUUUGUGGAAAUGUUUUUUUUCUGUCUUCCUCGUAGCCUUGUGUACACAACAUAUCUAUCCUCCAAGUGGCAGUUGAUAUAUUUGUUUUAAAUGUUAAAAGUACUUUGAAAAUGUUGUUUUUAAAAUAAUUACAUGCAAAUGCUGCAUUAGCUGGUACAGUACUGUAACCACCUUAAUAGUCAAUUAUUCAUAUAUUGAAGUGUCAAGAUAUGUUUUUAAGUUAUAUAAGUUAUGUGCAUUGUUUGUGACCUAAAGAAAACAACUGCUAAUAAUAUCAAUGGUAUGUACGAUGGUGAACAUUUUUUCUUCAACAGAACUUCUAUUUAAAGAUUGCUGUGCUGUUUUGUGCCAAAAUAUCUGUAGGUGUUUACCCAAAGUCUGAUGUAAUACACAUUCUGUCAGGGUUUCUUUUUUAUUUCUAUAGUUCACUGUAGGAAUUGGACACUUGUCCAAUUACAAUAUUAUUUAUUGAUAUUAAAAUGUGUGUUUAAUUUAUUUUUAAAGUUAGUGUAG